CACUCCCGCCGCCUGCAGCCCCGCUGUCCCCCCCCACCGGCUUGUACGAAUGCGCCGGCGACAUGUCGGCGAGCUGCGACGCCGCGACGCCCGUUCGGCCUUGCGCGGGUGGCAGCGCAGACGCCGAGCAGGUUGAGGCGGGAGGGGCGAUCUGGCUCGUGGAUGGGCACCGGCGCGGUUCGGGGGUGCCGGAGGAAGCACAGCUCGAUGUUGUAAAGGUGGGGUGUGAGGCCGACUGCGUGUGCCUCUGCCUCGUGACGGAGAGCUGUUUCGCCUUUGACUACCGUGAGGCGAACAACGAGUGUCGCCGCUACAAUGCGGCGGUACCGACAACCGACGUGCCCUGCGAAAAGGGACAGCACUACUGGCACCUGGUGGACGCGGAGCCGGCGGCCACGACAGACCUCCUCCCUUAGGAGAUGACUGCGGUCGCAGCUUGCAAGGAUCUUGACGACAGACGCAGCUGAAGGGCCCAGAGCGGCUGCUUGUGGUCGAGCUCGCGAAGAAAAAGUGCAAAACGACAAGGACGCGUGAGCGAAAGUAGAGGCACACCGCUCGUCGCGCCUGUCUGUGGUGGUGUGUACAAGUGUACUGUCGACUGUAGUGGCUCGUGUGACGUAUGACGUACGGCUGUGUCGGAGUCGCUAUCUGUGUUCUUGUACUCUGUGUUCGCGGGGGUGCCCUCAAGGAAUGAAGGAAUGAGUAUCUCAUUGCAAAG